UUUGCGACCCUUUCCAUCUCCCCUUCACCCCUUCCUCUCUUGUUUUCCUCCCCCCACCCCCUUCUCUCACUCGAGGGAAAACAGAAAGAAAAAAGAUCUGCUUUGGAGUAGGAGGAAGAAGGCAGCGACGAUGGUCGAGACGAGGCGGAGCUCGGCGUCCUCGAAGCGCCCCCUUUCUUCCCCCUCGCCCUCGUCUCCCUCAAACGCUAAGCGCAUCAAGGCGGAGGCGACCGCGUCCGCGUCCGGGAAGGCGCACCAGCCGGAGCCGAUGGACGAGGCGGCGGCGGCCGCCGAGGGCCGGCAGGUCGCGCCCGAUCUUCCGGCCGCCGCCGAUCCGCCUAGGGAGGCCGAUGGCGCUGCGCCGGGGCAGGAGAAGAGGGCGGAGGACAGCGCGGGGCAGAGUUCCGGGUUCCAAUUGCCCGCCCAAGCGCAACUGGCGAAGGCUGAAGGGGAUCAAUUGGGGCUGGUGGCGUUGGAACUCCCCAAGAAACGGGUCAAGAAGGUGCAGCCGAAGGCAGCAUGGGCGAAACUUCUUUCCCAGUGUUCGCAGAACCCUCAUCUUGUUAUCUGUGGUUAUCAAUUCACUGUUGGUCAAAGCCCAGCCUGCAAUUUAACGUUGAAGGAUCCAUCUAUCAGCAGGACUCUUUGUAAACUGAAAUAUCUUGAGCGUGAAGGCCCACCUGGGGCAUUGCUUGAAAUAGUAGGAAAAAAGGGCAUUGUGCAAGUUAAUGGAAAAAUCAUGGAGAAAAACUCGCCUACAGUUCUCAUGGGAGGGGAUGAGGUUGUUUUCAGUUCAUCUGGGAAACAUGCUUAUAUUUUCCAACCACUUGCGAAUGACAAAUUAACUACACCUGCAUCAUCUUCUGCACUUGGCAUUUUGGAAGCACAGGCUGUCCCUAUCAAAGGGAUUCAAUUUGAAACCAGAUCUGGUGACCCUUCAGCUGUUGCUGGAGCAUCAAUAUUGGCAUCUCUGUCUAAUCACAAGAAAGAUCUACCUCCAUCAGCAUCUACUGGAGAGAAUGCUCAUCAAGGAGUAGAAAGGCCUGCCGUGCCUUCUGCUUGUGAUGUAACAGAAGGCUGUAAUUCAGACCUUGAAAAGAACUGCGAUGCUAGGAAGGGUAAUACUGAGCAUAAUGGGAGCACUGAGGUUCCUUCUGGUGAUAAGGCUGCUGUUAUUUUAUCUACUGAUCUUGGUGCCAAUGAAUCAACUCAGCAUGAUACAAUUGGUUCGGAUGCUCAACUUGAUGCGGAUAUUGGAAAGAUAUCUGGUACAAACUAUGAGAUCAGGCCGUUUCUGAAGAUGAUUGCGGGAUCAUCAACUGCUGAACUGGAUUUGACUGGUAAAGUCUUUAAAGUGUUUGAGGCUCAAAGGGAGCUCCUUAGGGAUCUUGACACCCCAGCAGCUUUGCCUACCACUAGAUGCCAAGCCUUUAAGGAUGGUUUGAAACAAGGGAUAAUUAAUGCCAGUGAUAUCCAAGUGUCCUUUGAAAGUUUCCCCUACUAUCUAAGUGAAAAUACAAAAAAUGUACUUUUAUCAUGUGGUUACAUUCACUUGGAAUGCAAGGACUUCAUAAAAUAUGCUACCGACAUUUCAUCUGUAAAUCAGCGGAUUCUACUAACUGGUCCAACAGGAUCUGAAAUCUAUCAAGAAACUUUGGUAAAGGCCCUUGCUAAACACUUUGGUGCGAGCUUACUCAUAAUAGAUUCUCUUCUGCUACCUGGUGGUUCAUCUUCAAAGGACUCAGAAUCCCUAAAAGAAGGUGGGCGGAUUGAGAAAGCAAGCUUCCUUUCUAAGCGUGCUGCAGUGCUUGAUCUUCGGAAACCAACUUCUAGUGUAGAGGCUGAUAUUUUGGGGACAUCUAUGUUAAGUUCGCAUUCUUUGCCAAAGCAGGAGGCAUCAACAGCAUCAUCAAAAAACUACACAUUUAAAGAAGGCGACAGGGUUAAAUUUGUGGGUCCGGUACCUUCAUCAAGCUUUCCUCUUCAGGCUCCUCAGAGGGGUCCAAAUAUUGGAUAUCGGGGCAAAGUUGUUCUUGCUUUUGAGGAAAAUGGAGCCUCCAAAGUUGGAGUUAGAUUUGAUAAGCAAAUUCCUGAUGGUAACGAUCUUGGGGGCCUAUGCGAGGAAGAUCAUGGCUUCUUUUGCACUGCUGAUUUACUCCGCCCAGACUCUUCUGGAGGUGAAGACAAUGAAAGGCUUGCCAUCAAUGAGUUGCUAGAAGUUGUAUCUGAAGAAAGUAAAAAUGGCCCUCUAAUUAUUCUUAUAAAAGACAUAGAAAAAUCUAUGGCCGGAGGUACAGAUACAUAUUUAACUUUAAGAAGUAAGCUUGACUUGAUUCCGGCAGGUGUUCUAAUAAUAGGUUCCCAUACCCAGAUGGACAACCGCAAAGAGAAGUCGCAUCCAGGAGGUCUUCUCUUCACAAAAUUUGGAAGCAACCAGACAGCACUGCUUGACUUUGCCUUUCCGGAUAACUUUGGUAGGCUUCACGAGAGAAGCAAAGAAAUUCCAAAGACCAUGAAACAGCUCACUAGAUUAUUUCCUAAUAAAGUUUCUAUCCAACUUCCACAGGAUGAAGCCCAACUUUUAGAUUGGAAACAACAAUUGGAUCGUGAUAUUGAAACUCUUAAAGCCAAAUCCAAUAUUCUUAGCAUCCGCUCUUUUUUAAACCGCAGUGGAUUAGACUGUCAUGAUGUUGAAACUAUAUCCAUAAAAGAUCAAACACUUACGAAUGAAAAUGUGGAUAAAAUAGUUGGUUUUGCACUUAGUCAUCACCUUAAGAACAAUAAAAUUGAAGCAUCUGCCAAGGAUGCUAAGCUUGUACUUUCCAGUGACAGCAUUAAGCAUGGGCUAAGUAUGCUACAAAGCAUCCAAAAUGAUACUAAGAGUGCAAAGAAAUCACUCAAGGACGUGGUCACUGAGAAUGAAUUUGAGAAAAGACUUCUAGCCGAUGUUAUUCCACCCAAUGACAUUGGAGUUACUUUUGAUGACAUUGGUGCCUUAGAGAAUGUGAAGGACACAUUGAAGGAGUUGGUGAUGCUUCCUCUGCAAAGGCCAGAAUUGUUCUGCAAAGGACAAUUAACAAAGCCCUGCAAGGGAAUAUUGCUCUUUGGUCCUCCUGGCACGGGAAAGACAAUGCUUGCUAAAGCUGUUGCAACGGAGGCAGGUGCAAAUUUUAUUAAUAUAUCUAUGUCGAGCAUCACCUCGAAGUGGUUUGGGGAAGGAGAGAAAUAUGUAAAAGCAGUUUUCUCAUUAGCAAGUAAAAUUGCUCCUAGCGUCAUUUUUGUUGAUGAGGUUGACAGUAUGUUGGGCAGGCGAGAAAAUCCUGGAGAGCAUGAAGCCAUGCGCAAGAUGAAAAAUGAGUUCAUGGUAAACUGGGAUGGGUUGCGGACAAAGGAUAAAGAACGUGUAUUGGUGCUUGCUGCUACCAACAGGCCUUUUGACCUUGAUGAGGCUGUCAUAAGGAGGCUUCCUCGGAGGUUAAUGGUAAACUUACCAGAUGCAUCAAAUAGAGUAAAGAUUCUCAGAGUAAUAUUAGCCAAAGAGGAGUUAGCACCAGAUAUUGAUUUGGAAGUGGUUGCCAAUAUGACGGAUGGAUAUUCAGGAAGUGACUUGAAGAAUCUGUGUGUAACUGCUGCACAUUGCCCUAUUAGAGAAAUUCUGGAAAAGGAAAAGAAGGAGAGAAUUUUGGCAUUAGCAGAAGGUCGACCUUUACCUGCAUUGCAUGGAAGUGACGACAUUCGUCGUUUAAGCAUGGACGACUUGAAAUAUGCACACGAGCAGGUAUGUGCUAGUGUAUCAUCUGAAUCCACAAAUAUGAGUGAGCUUCUCCAAUGGAAUGAGCUCUAUGGUGAAGGCGGGUCAAGGAAGAAAAAAGCACUCAGCUAUUUCAUGUAGGAGAUAUCCAUCUGGUGUACAGCCCCUUUUCUCUUACAUCCCUUCUGCAAAAGCUCGCAACUUCGGCAGCCACUAUUUGUGGUUUCCUUCUCAGACUCCCUAUGUAUUUCAUUUGUGUGUCAAGUCAUUUAUCAAUUGGUAACUUACAGUAAGCUAUCAUUUUCAUCAAGCUGGUAUAAAUAUAGCCUUUUUUUGUCUGGAAUAUGGCACUUCAGCGUGGCUAAAGGCCUGUGUCUGUAAAUACCAUAGAAAUUGCUGAAAGGAUUUAAUACUGCAACUAGAGCUUUUCCUUCUUUUAUUUAA